AUGAGAGUUCUUUCCGUAUUAUUAGUUGCUCUUACUGUAGCAGGAUCAGCAUAUUCACAGUGUACAGUUAAUGAUGCAAGUUCAGCACAACUUGAUUCAACUUUUGGUCCAACCACUGGUGGUGAUGCAUUAACCUUUAAUAAUAAUUUAGGUAAUCAAAUUCAAAUUGCCAACAAUUAUAAUUUCGUUUCAAAUGGUGUUGUUCAAAGCAAUGGUGGGGAUAAUUUAGUUUUAACUGGUACAUUGACACCAGCCAAUUCAUCACUCACUGAUAAAUUUAGUUUACGUGCUGCUUUCGUUAGAACUACUACUCCAAGUGAUGUCAAGAGAGAGUUACAAGCUGGUGCAUAUACAUCCAAUGGUGGUACAGUUGACCCAAGUACAUGGUCUUUCUAUCAAAUUCUUCCAGAUAAUACUAAAAUGGUUAGUUUAACAAAUCCAAAUACCGUUGUUACAAUGUCUGAAAAUCCAAAUACUGCUCUCCAAGUUGGUGUUGGUGCCAAUGGUAAAAAUCUUCAAAAUGGUGCUUCUGGUUGGUUCCAAUUCAAAGCUACCGAUGGUUCAGUAAGUAUUCAAUCUGGUAAUGGUGAAAUGGAAGUCGUUGAUAUUAACAUCAAUCUUGGUUGUAGUUCAACAUUCGAUUGUGUAUCCAAUACCUACACAAUCUCCAAAGCUUCAAUUGAUAAAUCUUUAACCGAUCAACAAAACGAUCAAGCUCUUUACGUCGAUCAAGUUUCAACAGUUUUCGGUAAUCAACAAAGAUUUGAUACCUCCUCAGGAACUGUCAACACCAUUUCAAUUGAUCAAACCAAUGGUAACCUUCGUCUUGGUGCUGGUUUCACUUCAAUUUCAGAUUCAUCAAUCACUGUAAACUGUGACUUAAGAUUUAGCCCAGCCCUUCCAUCUGCUAAUUACCAACCAAAAUUAGAAUUAAUGAACUCUGCUUACGUUUCUGGUGGUGGUUCAAUUGAUCCAAAUACUUGGGCUUACUAUACCGUUAAUGUUUCAGGUUCAUCAUGUACUAGAAAUGAUGGUACUGUCGUUACAAUUACAGGUGAUCAAGAUAAUAUGUAUCUCCAAUGGGGUAAAGGUGCUAAUGGUAAAAAUGGUAACUUUGGUCUCUCUGUCUGGUUAAAUUAUGUUGAUGCUGCUCUUACAAAUCCAUUCUUUGAUAUCAAUGUCGAUACUGUCUGUGAAACUAAUCCAUCAACAAAUCUCCCAGAAACUUCACCACCAACUGAACAACCAACUGCUCCACCAGCCACUUGUCCACCAGGUUGUAUCCCAGCUAUCCCAGUUGUUAAUGUUACUGAAACUCCAGCUGCAGGUAAUAGUGCUUCAAGUAUUGAAAUGUCUAAAUUGGUAGUUGCUAUCCUUUCACUCUUCAUCUUAGCUUUCUUCCAUUAG